AUCAAGCAUUUAUAUAGUUGUUGAGUGUCUACCGUUUGAGGUAACAUACUUUGAACAUGAAGCUCCUAAUCUUGUUGCUGACUGUUUCAUGUGUCCUAAGCGCUCGAGUUGAAGAUGAUUACGUAGUAAACACGAGGAGAUUUCCGGCUGAUUUCAAGUUUGGCACAGCUUCUGCCGCCUACCAGAUUGAAGGUGGUUGGGAUGCGGAUGGCAAGGGAGAAAAUAUCUGGGAUCGAUCCACGCACCUCUAUCCAGAGAAAAAUGCCAAUGCUACUGGCGAUAUUGCCUCCGAUUCGUACCACAAAUGGGCUGAAGAUGUGGAACUGCUCAAAGGACUAGGAGUCAGCACUUACCGAUUUUCCAUUGCUUGGUCCCGGGUGCUUCCAAAUGGCUUUGCAAACGAACCGAACUUGGCCGGUGUGGAGUAUUACAAGAACCUGAUUGCUGCUCUAAAGGAAAAUGGUAUUGAGCCUUUAGUGACCAUGCACCAUUGGGAUCUGCCCACAGCCUUGGAAGAUCUAGGCGGGUUUAUUAAUCCAGAAAUACAGACGUGGUUUGUGGAUUAUGCCAGGUUUUUGUUCCAAACUUUUGGGGACGAUGUCAAGGAAUGGAUUACGUUUAAUGAGCCCAAGCAGACUUGCGAACAAGGGUAUGGCAUCGGGAUUUUAGCCCCCAACGUGGUGGAUCCAGGAGUAAAGAAUUAUCAAUGUGGACAUAAUUUGAUCAUCGCUCAUGGUAAAGCCUACAGGAUGUACGAUGAGGAAUUCAGGGAAACCCAAAACGGUAGAGUCACCAUGGUAGUAGACAGCAACUGGUUUGAACCUGCAUCGGACAGUGAGGAAGACAUCGAAGCUGCUGAACGCUACCUUCUUUUUACUUACGGUUGGUUUGCCCAUCCAAUCGUCUUCGGAGACUAUCCAGAUGUAAUGAAAGAGCGCAUUGCAAUGCGAUCAGAGCUGGAGGGAUUCAGUUCAUCCCGUUUGCCAUCUUUCACCGAAGAAGAACAGCAGAUCAUCAAAGGAACGGUGGAUUUCAUGACUGUUAAUAUCUACACUUCAUCAGUAGCCCAGGCUAUCCCUGAACCUGAGAUAGUUCAUCUACAACCAACCAGGGAUCUGGAUAUCGGAGUUAAUGUGUAUCAGCCAGAUGAUUGGGAGAAAACCAUCACAGAUUGGUUCAAGGUUGUGCCAUGGGGAGCGCGAAAGCUGGUGAAAUGGAUCAGCGACACUUAUGGACACCCGGAAAUUAUGGUAACUGAAAAUGGAUACCAUGAUGAUGGAACUGUUAUCCAUGAUUUAGAAACGCGUGGAAGAUACUACAAGCUCUACCUCAGCAACCUUCUGGACGCUCUAUACUUGGACGACGUCAAUCUCACUGGAUACAUGGCUUGGGCUCUAACUGAUGAUUUUGAGUGGCAGUACGGAUAUACAAUUCAACUUGGUUUGUACCAUGUCGAAUUUUCCGAUCCAGACAGGCCCAGAACUGCAAAGGAUUCUUCGGCUUAUUACCGACAAGUCGUCACUACCAGGUGCUUGGUUGAUGAAUGCACUGACUAAUUUGAAAAUUCCGUGUCUGAUUGAUGUAGAAUUGAAUUAGAAAUCAACAAAAAGUGUUCUUUUU